AUGAUGAAGUCAUACAUAACUAAACUGCUUGACUGGAUUAAGAGUAAAUUCUGGAACAAGGAGUUAGAACUGGCUGUGGUAGGACUGCAAAACGCUGGCAAGACUACUCUGUUAGGUUCACUAGCUACUGGAGAGUAUGAUGAAGAUACUAUACCUACCAUUGGAUUUAACUUAAAGGAGAUCAAGAAGGGCAAGGUAGGAAUGAAGAUGUGGGAUCUAGGAGGAUAACCCAAGUUUAGAGAGUCUUGGGAAAAGUAUUGCAGGAACACUGACUGCAUUGUAUUCGUAGUCGAUUCCAUAGAUAUCAGUAAUAUGGAGAUGGCUAGACACCAGUUGCACCAGCUUAUAUCGUGGCCAUCUCUGGCAGGCAUCCCAUUAUUAGUAUUAGGAAAUAAGAAUGACCUCGACGGAGCUUUGACUGAGGAAGAACUUAUUGAAGAGCUGAAUCUAAGAGUGAUUACAGAUAGAAAGAUAGCAUGCUUCUCAAUUUCAGCCAAGGAUAUGGUUAAUAUAGAUAUAACCAUGAAAUGGCUGACAACCUUGCCAAAACUUUCUAAGCAACCUCAAAAUGAAUGA